AUGAAUAUCUUGAUCGUCGGCUCAGGCAUCGCUGGCCCAGCCCUAGCCUACUGGCUCUCCUUCAACCCCAAGCACAGCAUCACUAUCUUAGAAAAGGCACCCUCCCUCCAGCCCCACGGCCAAAAUGUCGACAUCCAAGGCAGCGCCGUAACCUGCAUCAAAAAGAUGGGCCUAAUGCCACGAGUGCAGCAAUUCAACACCAAAGAGCUCGGCACGCGGUUCAUCGACUCGCAAGGAACCCCCUUCGCACCCUUCCCCAUCAAAGAAGGCGGCUCAGCAAGUCCAACCUCGGAAUACGAGAUCCUACGCGGCGACCUUGCAAAACUACUACACCAAGCGACAAGUUCUCAAUCCAACGUAACAUACCUGUUCAACACCACAAUAAUCCAAAUCCUCCAAAACAACUCCGCAUGCGUCAAAGUCCUCCUCAGCGAUGGCACAACACGCACCUACGGCCUACUCAUCGCAGCAGACGGCCAAUGGUCCAAAACACGCAGUCUCGUCUUCCCAGUUCAAGACGUAUCCAUCGAACACAAAGAAAAUCGCUUGGCGGGAAGCGAGUAG